AUGGUAGACGGACGGAGAAGAGGGGCGCCUCUCAGGGCGAUGAUGUUGUUUUUCUUUUUGUUGUGCUUUGGCCGUGGAGCUUAUUGUCAAAUUCGCUAUUCUAUCGCGGAGGAGUCGAAAGAAGGUACUUAUGUGGGAGACGUAGCAAAGGAUCUGGGGUUCAGUGUGGAUAAACUGGCGGAACGAAGGUUUCGGAUUGUAUCGGGCUCUAAGGAAGGUUUUUUGCAGAUAAACCAAGACAAUGGCGUGUUGUAUGUGAACAGAAACAUCGACAGGGAGGAGCUGUGUGAGAAAAACAAUGUGUGUUUAAUCAAUAUAAAAACCAUAGCAGAAAAUCCAAUGGAAAUACAUUAUGUUGAGGUAGAAAUCACAGAUAUAAAUGAUCAUUCUCCUAAUUUCCCGGAAAAUAUAAAGCUCUUGGAAAUAGCAGAGAAUCUUGUAUCGCAGGGAACGCGCUUUCCUCUGGACGCUGCGCGGGACCCUGAUGUUGGAGGGAAUAGUCUCCGUAAGUACAGUCUCAGUCCUAACGAUCACUUCGAGUUAGAUGUUAAAACUCGCGGAGAGGAUAAAAUCCCUUUCUUGAUUUUGAAAAAGCCGCUAGACCGAGAGCAGAAGCCUGAAAUUAUGUUAGUUUUGACUGCGUUUGAUGGAGGUAAGUCAGUGAGAUCUGGCACAGUCAAUAUUACAAUAACUGUUAUUGAUGUUAAUGACAAUGCACCAGUCUUUGACCGACAGGUGUAUACGGUAACUUUAGAUGAAAAUGCUCCCUUAGGUACCUCUGUUUUGAGGGUGCACGCCACGGAUCUAGAUGAUGGCGCAAACGGACAGGUUAUAUACUCAUUUGAUAAGAGUCUUAAAAACAAAGCGUUCGAUUAUUUCGAGAUAGAUGCAGUUACAGGGGAAAUUACAAUCAAGGGAUUAGUAGACUUUGAAGAGCAGAGUGUUUACGAAAUUGAUGUGCAGGCAUCUGACAAGGGCCACUUUACUUUGACUGGUCACUGCAGUGUCGUUAUCAACGUGAAAGAUGUUAAUGACAACGCACCUGAGAUGGACGUAACGUCUCUGUCAGGCCAAGUCCCCGAGGACGCACGACCCGGUACAGCUGUAGCUCUAAUCAGUGUGUCUGACAAGGACUCUGGUGAAAACGGCUUGGUUAUAUGUACAAUCUCGGACAAAAUCCCUUUCGAAUUAAAACCGUCUUUUCAGAAAAAUAUGUAUUCUUUGAUUACUAAAAGUGGAUUGGACAGAGAGUUGGAGCCUAUGUACACAGUGACUAUAACUGCUACGGAUAAAGGAGACCCAUCAUUGUCAUCCCACAAAACUAUCACGGUCCAUAUCUCAGACGUUAACGACAACAGCCCUGUCUUUUCCCAGAGUCCAUAUACUUUUUAUGUACCUGAAAACAACGCUCCAGGCGAGUCUUUGUUUUUAUUGAGUACAUCAGAUAGAGAUCAGGAUGACAACGCUCGUGUGUCGUAUCAUAUUUGGAAAGGUGAUGGAGAUUCUCCUAUUGUAUCUUACCUAAAUAUUAAUUCUGAUGGUACCAUUUACGCGCUAAAAAGCUUUGACUUUGAAACUCUCAAAACAUUCCAGUUCCAAGUUGUAGCUACAGACUCUGGAACUCCGUCACUAAGCCGCAACGUCACAGUGAACGUGUUCAUUCUGGAUCAGAACGACAACGCUCCAGUGAUCUUGUAUCCAGUCAGCGCUAACGGUUCCGCUGAAGGUGUGGAGGAGAUUCACCGCAAUAUGAACGCAGGCCAUUUGGUGACUAAAGUGAGGGCCUAUGACGCUGAUAUAGGAUAUAACGGCUGGUUAUUAUUUUCACUGCAAGAAGUUACUGACCACAGUCUCUUUACUUUGGACCGCUAUACAGGACAGAUAAGGACACUUCGGUCAUUCACAGAGACAGACGAGGCUGAGCAUAAACUGGUCAUACUGGUAAAAGACAAUGGGAACGUUUCACUGUCAGCAACAGCUACUGUGAUUAUCAACGUUGUGGAACCCAAAGAGGCUUUUGCAGCGUCUGAUGUUAAAAGCGCAGUAAAAUACGAGGUGGAGAACAGCAUUACAUUGUAUUUGAUCAUUACUUUGGGGUCAGUUAUAGUGCUUUUUCUCAUCAGUAUCAUCGUGUUGAUUGUAAUGCAGUGCUCCAAACCCACAGACUAUUCUUCCAAGUAUUUACAAGAUGUGAAUUACGACGGGACACUGUGCCACAGCAUCCAGUACAGAUCCGGAGACAAACGGUACAUGUUAGUUGGACCCAGAAUGAGUACAGGUUCUACUAUAGUCCCGGGCAGCAACGGGAAUACUCUAGUGCUACCUGAACACAGGAGGAGAGCUUCUGGAGAGGUAAGAACUUAAAUACGUUUCUAAUUACUAACGAUUGCUGAUAGUUUGCCUGAACUUGGAAAUUGCCUACAUUAUUAUUUCAUAAUGUAUAAAUGUUGUCAAAUGUUAUGUUGUCUAGUGAAAGGAUUAGCCUAUUGGAUGAAACAUGAUCUCAUAACAUCGCUUAUCGAAGUAGCUUGCCACAGCCUCAUGCUUUCAGUACUGGCCAUUGUACAUGGCUGUGGUGCUGAAACGCUAUAAGUUAAAUGCGCUGUUUGUCUGGAGAAGGUUUGCCAAAAUGUGAUGGUGGUGUACAUGCACGUCAUGUAGCGAUCCUGUUGAUUUAUACACAUUUCCCCCAUCUUUAUUUCUGUCUGAUGUGGGACACGUCAGUAAAUGGUGCCAGGCUUUGCAUCAUGGUAUGUAGACCUCAGUAAUCUGUAUCCUUACUUUCUUCAUCCACACAAUUUAUUGAGUAAGGUUUUCUCUUUGAUAUUUACUGUGACAAAAUACCAUGAAUAAUCUUAAACUAUAGUGUAAUGUGAGGUAUAAUCACAUGGUGUCAGUACCCAACUAGAAUAACGCUCCUGUUAGACAUCCUCUUGUCAUACUUUUGAGUCCGCCCCCUUGCUGUUUUCGUAUCUUAUUCAGUCGCUAGAGGAACACAGUCGUGAGCUUCGUGGGGAGAAUACAAUCUCAAAUUUACAUUCUGAAAACACUUUUGGAUAAUGAGCUUUGGCCACAUUUGUUUAUAUAAUAUAUAGACAACUGUCACCAAUGACGGAAUAGUGGAAGUGCUCUGGAUUACUGUUAUUUAUCUUGAAAACAUGGAACAAAGAGGAUGCGGGGCAUGGUGGGAGCGACGGCAGUGGUUCGUCUUCAUAGUAGCUUUGGUUUUCUGUUGGAGCGGAGGUUCUGCACAGAUAAGAUACUCCAUCUCUGAAGAGCUUAAAGAAGGAACUGUCGUGGGGAAUAUCGCUAAGGAUUUGGGAAUAGAUCUGAACACCUUAAAGGAUAGGGGAUUUCGAAUCAUGUCUGGCUCGACCGAGCCCCUUUUCCAGGUAAACCAGAAUAACGGUAUCUUGUUUGUGAACCGAAAAAUAGACAGAGAGGAGGUGUGCGAACGGAGCAGCGUGUGUUUGAUAAACCUGAAAACCGUUCUAGAGAACCCGCUGGAGAUCCAUUAUGUCACGGUGGAGGUGUUAGAUGUUAACGACCAUUCUCCCAGCUUUCCAGAGGAAGAGAAAAGGUUAGAGAUGUCAGAAUCUGCGUUACCGGGGACCCGAUUUCAGCUGCAUGCUGCAGACGACCCAGACGGUGGCCAAUAUUCAGUUCAACAUUAUAAACUCAGUCACAAUGAUCAUUUCCGUUUGGAAGUUAAAGAUAGAGGUGAUGACCGCAAAACACCUAUUUUGGUUUUACAAAAAACACUGGAUAGGGAGGCUAUAAAAAGCCAUAAGCUAAUGCUUACAGCCCUUGACGGUGGGAAACCUCCUAGGUCUGGAGAAAUCAGAAUAAUUGUAGAUGUAUCAGAUGUCAACGAUAACGCCCCAGUCUUUACAAAGGACGUAUACUCAGUAUUGCUGAAUGAAAACGCUCCUUUAGGCACAACUGUGAUACAGGUUAAUGCCACUGAUUUGGACGAGGGUUCUAAUGGUGAAGUUAUCUAUUCUUUUGGCAAUGACGUGCAAGGGAAGGUGCGGAAACGUUUUGAUUUAGACCCGAAAACUGGUGAAAUAAUUGUAACUGGAGUUAUAGAUUUUGAAGAAAAUAAAAACUAUGAAAUUGAUAUUCAGGCAUCAGACAAGGGGGCAGCUGCUUUGACAACUGAAAAAAGUGUUAUAAUCAAAAUAGUUGACGUUAAUGACAAUGCACCUGAGAUAGAAGUGACAUCAUUUUCUAACGCAAUCCCUGAGGAUUCUAGACCAGGAACUACUGUAGCACUAAUCAGUGUUAAUGACUUGGACUCUGGUCUCAAUGGCAAAGUUCUGUGUUCUGUGAGUGAGGGCGUCCCGUUCACUCUAACGCCGUCUUUACAGGACAACAUGUACUCUGUAGUCACCAAGUCACCACUAGAUAGAGAAAAACAGUCUGAAUAUGAUCUAACAAUAGUAGCCAAAGACGCAGGGGAACCGUCCUUGUCAUCUAUAAAGGCUAUCAGCGUUGUUGUAUCAGAUGUGAAUGAUAACAGUCCAGAGUUUUCACUGAGUCCCUAUACUUUCUAUCUCACUGAGAAUAACGACCCAGGAGGGUCAGUAUUUUCCAGUGACUGCCUCAGAUUGUGACAUAAAUGAAAACGCGCUUAUUUCAUAUCAUAUUGUCAGAGACGGUGGCGAAGAGAACAAAUGGGCGUCUUUUCUGAACAUGAAUCCUGAAAAUGGGAACAUAUUGGCGCUAAAAAGCUUUGACUUUGAAAUCCUCAAAACGUUCCAAUUCCAAGUUGUAGCUACAGACUCUGGAACUCCCUCACAAUGCAGCAACGUCACAGUGAAGGUGUUCAUUCUGGAUCAGAACGACAACGCUCCAGUGAUCUUGUAUCCAGUCAGCCCUAACGGUUCUGCUGGUGUGGAGGAGAUUCCCCGCAAUGUGAAUGCAGGCCAUUUGGUGACUAAAGUGAGAUCAUAUGACGCCGAUAUAGGAUAUAACGGCUGGUUAUUAUUUUCACUGCAGGAAGUUACUGACCACAGUCUCUUUGCUUUGGACCGCUAUACAGGACAGAUAAGGACACUUCGGUCAUUCACAGAGACAGACGAGGCUGAGCAUAAACUGGUCAUACUGGUAAAAGACAAUGGGAACGUUUCUCUUUCGGCAACAGCUACUGUGAUUAUCAACGUUGUGGAACCUAAAGAGGCUUUUGCAGCUUCUGAUGUUAAAAGCUCAGUAAAAGACGAGGAGGAGAACAGCGUUACAUUUUAUUUGAUCAUUACUUUGGGGUCAGUUUCAACGCUUUUUCUCAUCAGUAUCAUCGUGUUGAUUGUAAUGCAGUGCUCCAAACCCACAGACUAUUCAUCCAAGUAUUUACAAGAUGUGAAUUACGACGGGACACUGUGCCACAGCAUCCAGUACAGAUCCGGAGACAAACGGUACAUGUUAGUUGGACCCAGAAUGAGUACAGGUUCUACUAUAGUCUCAGGCAGCAACGGGAAUACUUUAGUGGUCCCCCCAGAACACAGAAGGAGAGCUUCUGGAGAGGUAAGAAGUUAAAUUAUAUUCUAAUUACUAACUGUUUGCUGGUGCUGUCCCUGAGCUUGGAAAUUGUAUAUGUUAUUAUUUCAUAGUGUAUAAAUGUGUCAAAUAACUCAAUGUGGUCACAUCCCAUGGCUCUUAUCGUAAGAGUACUGUUAACCCCGGUGUCCUGGCUAAAUUCCCAAUAUGACCCUUAAACCAUAGGGGUCACCUAAUCAUCCCCAGCUUCCAAUUGUCUUAUCAUCCUUCUUCCGCUCCCCUGUAUCAAUUCCCCAGGUCGUUGCUGUCAAUGAGAAUGUGUUCUCAGUCAACUUACCUGGUAAAAUAAACGUAAAAUAAAAACAAUUAUGGCAACAUGCUAUCAUAGGAAAACGUCAUCCUGGAACAAAAAGUUCAAAUGUGCAGUCAAUGGGAACAGAUGAGUGUCACAGUGUUUGUUUUCCUCAGUACAGUCAAUGGGAAAAUGUGUCUUAUUGAUAUACAAUUAAAUUGGUUGAGGCUUAUUUUUUCCCAUUGACUGCUAUGUUUUGAUAUAAGCUUCAUCCCUGUGACACUCAUCUUUUCACAUUGAUUGCAAUGUAUUGACAUAAAUGUCAACCAUGUGGCACUCAGCUUUUUCCAUUGACUACAAUGUAUUUAAAAAAAUGUCAACCCUGUGAGACUCAUCUUUUCCCAUUGACUGCAAUAUAUUGAGAAAAAAACAUCCUGUGACACUCAUCUUUUCCUAUUGACUGCAAUGUACUGAGAAAAACAUCAACCCUGGGGCACUCAUAUUUUCCAUUUGAUGAAAAUGUGCUGGGAAAAAAUCGACCUUGUGACACUCAUAUUUUCCCAUUGACUGCAAUGUACUGAGAAAAACCUGAACCCUGGGACACUCAUAUUUUCCAAUUGAUGGCAAUGUGCUGAGAAAAACAUCAACCUUGUGACACAUCUUUUCCCAUUGACUGCAAUGUAUUGAGAAAAGCGUCAACCAUGUGACAAUCAUCUAUUCCCAUUGACUGCAAUGUAUUGAGAUAAACAUCAACCCUCUGACACUUAUAUUUUCCUAUUGACUGCUAUAUACUUAGAAAAACGUCAACCCUGUGACUAAUCUUUUCCCAUUGACUGCAAUGUACUGAGAAAAAUGUCAACCCUGUGACACACAUCUUUUCCCAUUGACUGCAAUGUAUUGAGAAAAACUUCAGCUGCCCUGGCAGUUUAGCUUUUUGUAAAAACGUGCCAUGAUGAUGUUUUCAGGCUGAUAAUGGGCUGAAAAUGUUAUGUUGUCGAUUAAGAGGGUUAUCCUAAAGCCAUAUAUAUAGAGACUUAGGCCAAUGCGGUUGAACGUUCCGAGAGCUCCACUUUCUCCUCCAUAGAUGCGGUUAAGGCAUCAAUGGAAUGCAGACCUAUCCAUUGACAAGAUUGGCAUACAUUCAACAAAUCUGAUCUAACAAAGUAGAUAUUCCUAAAAUCCGUCAUGAUUUAUGUAUUGUAAUAGGCCCACAAUGUGGUUACUUAAGUCCGAUAUGGAUAUAUUUAUCUGUUUUCGCUGCACAACAUUUAUAAGUCCUCCCUUUUCAGGUUUAGAAGAAGUGACUGCUAAAUGCUAACUCCCGUUCGUGUAUGCUGGUUAGCAUGGCAAUUCCCCAACCGUUUCCAUGGCAAUUCCAUUGUUUUGGUCGUGUUCAAUUGACCUCUUUACCACAUCUUUAACGUUGCUAAGUGAUAAUUGACACUUCCGUGUUGUGUUGUUCAUUUCUGAUAGUUUUCUAAACCUAUGAAGAUGUCCACUGAAAGCAGAUAUGCAAUUUGUUAACACUACAACACAGUAAAGACUUGGAUACACAUUAUCCCAAAUGCUGAUCAAUAAAAACGUCUGUUAAAUUCGCUGCAAUGUUUUGCGUGUUUACAGCGGGUCAUUGUUACAUCACCAAUAUUUCAAGAAUAAAGUUCGAUAUGGGUGCUAACAUGGCAGCCGUUCUAAAACCUGGGCUUCGGAAAGUUUUCAGAUCCCUUGACUUUUUCCACAUUUUGUUACAUUACAGACGCAUUCUAAAAUGGAUUAAAUAAAUACAAAUCCUCAGCAAUCUACACACAAUACCCCAUAAUGACAAAGUGAUAACAGGUUUUUAGAUUUUUUUGCAAAUUUAUAAAAAAACAAAAACACAAAUACCUUACACACAUAAGUAUUCAGACCCUUUGCAAUGAGACUCGAAAUUGAGCUCAGGUGCAUCCUGUUUCCAUUGAUCAUCCUUGAGAUGUUUCUACAACUUCAUUGGAGUCUACCUGUGGUAAAUUCAAUUGAUUGGACAUCAUUUGGAAAGGCACACACCUGUCUAUAUAAGGUCCCACAGUUGACAGUGCAUGUCAGAGCAAAAACCAAGCCAUGAGGUCAAAGGAAUUGUCCGUAGAGCUCCGAGACAGAAUUGCGUCGAGGCACAGAUCUGAGGAAGGGUACCAAAACAUGUCUGCAGCAUUGAAGGUCAAAUGACAGCCCGGUUGGAGUUUCCCAAAAGGCACCUAAAGACUCUCAGACCAUGAGAAACAAGAUUCUCGAAUCUGAUGAAACCAAGAUUGAACUCUUUGGCCUGAAUGCCAAGCGACACUUCUGGAGGAAAUCUGGCACCAUCCCUACGGUGAAGCAUGGUGGUGGCAGCUUCAUGCUGUGGGGAUGUUUUUCAGUGGCAGGGACUGGGAGACUAGUCAGGAUCGAGGGAAAGAGGAACGGAGAAAAGAACAGAGAGAUCCUUGAUGAAAACCUGCUCCAGAGCGCUCAGGACCUCAGACUGGGGCGAAGGUUCACCUUCCAACAAGACAACGACCCUAAGUACACAGCCAAGACAACGCAGGAGUGGCUUUGGGACAAGUCUCUGAAUGUCCUUGAGUGGCCCAGCCAGAGCCCGGGCUUGAACCUGAUCGAACAUCUCUGGAGAGACCUGAAAAUAGCUGUGCAGCAACGCUCCCCAUCCAACCUGACAGAGCUUGAGAGGAUCUGCAGAGAAGAAUGGGAGAAACUCCCCAAAUACAUGUGUGCCAAGCUUGUAGCGUCAUACCCAAGAAGUCUCGAGGCUGUAAUCUCUGCCAAAGGUGCUUCAACACAGUAUUGAGUAAAGGGUCUGAAUACUUAUGUAAAUAUGAUAUUUUCGUUUUUAUUUUUAACAAAUUAGUAAAACAUUCUGAAAACCUGUUUUUGCUUUGUCAUUAUGGGGUAUUGUGUGUAGAUUGAUGAGGAAAAAAACGAUUUAAUCAAUUUUAGAAUAAGGCUGUAGCGUAACAAAAUGUGGUAAAAGUCAAGGGGUCUGAAUACUUUCCGAAGGCACUGUGGGUUAGCAUAUUACAUUGAAAAUCAUGAAAGUAGCUAGCCGGCUCAUUUGCAGCCAUAGCUUUCACCACUGUUCGCAGUCCACUACCAUAGUGCUGAAAUGCUGUUUAUUUCAAUGCGCUGUUUGUCUGGUGAAGGUUUGCCAAAAAGUGAUGACAUGUAGGCCUACAUGCACUUCAAGUAACUAUGCUCUUCAUUUAUAUAAAUAUUUCUCAAUAUUUAUUUCAGUCGGGGUGAGACAAUUGAUGCAUACUUCAGGCUAUGCGUCAUGGUUUGUAGACCUCAGUUAACUGUAUCCGGACUUUCUUAAUCCUCACAACUUUUUCAGUAAGGUUUUCUUCGAUAUGUAUUUUUUCUAAAUACCUGAAUAAUCGUUUAAACGAUAGUGCAUUCUGAGAUAGAAUCGCAUGGUGUCAGUACCCAACUAGAAUAACGCUCCUGGUAGACAUCCUCUCGUCAUACUUUUGAGUCCAACCCCUUGCUGGUUUCGUAGCUUAUUCAGUCGCUGGAAUGACACAGACGUGAGCUUCGUGGGGAGAAUAAGAUUUACAUUUUAUAUUCUGAAAACACUAUUGGAUAAUGUGCUUUGGUCAUAUCGGAAUAUAAUGGAUAGACAACUGUCACCAAUGAAGGAAUAGUGGAAGUGCUGUGGAUUGUUGUUAUUGAUCUUGAAAACAUGGAACAAAGAGGAUGCGGGGCAUGGUGGGAGCAACGGCAGUGGGUCGCCUUCAUGGUUGCUUUGGUUCUCUUUUGGAGCGGGACUUCAGCUCAGUUAAGAUACUCCAUCUAUGAAGAGCUUAAGGACGGAACUGUCGUUGGGAAUAUAGCUAAGGAUUUGGGAAUAGAUCUAAGCACAUUGAAGGAAAGGGGAUUUCGAAUCGUAUCUGGCUCGACUGAACCCCUUUUCCAGGUGAACCAGAAUGACGGCAUCUUGUAUGUGAACCGAAAAAUAGACAGAGAGGAGGUGUGUGAACGGAGCAGCGUGUGUUUGAUAAACCUGAAAACCGUUCUAGAGAACCCGCUGGAGAUCCAUUAUGUUGCGGUGGAGGUGUUAGAUGUGAACGACCAUUCUCCCAGCUUUCCAGAGAAAGAGAAACUGUUAGAGAUAUCAGAGUCUGCGGUACCUGGGGCUCGAUUUCAGCUUAAUGCUGCUCAUGAUCGAGAUGGAGGCAUUUAUUCUAUUCAGCAGUAUAAACUCAGCCCCAAUGAUCAUUUUCGUUUGGAAGUUAAAGAUCGAAGUGAGGACCGCAAAACCCCUACUUUGAUUUUACAGAAGGCGUUAGAUAGAGAGGCCAUAAGGAGCCAUGGAUUACUGCUCACAGCUAUUGAUGGAGGUAAACCUCCUAAAUCUGGAGACAUGAGAAUAACUGUAGAUGUAUUAGAUGUAAACGAUAACACCCCUGUCUUUACUAAGGAAGUAUACUCUGUAUUGCUGAAGGAAAAUUCCCCUUUAGGCACAACAGUCAUACAGAUAAACGCGACUGAUUUGGACGAAGGUUCAAAUGGUGAAAUAAUGUAUUCUUUUGCCAACGACGUGGGCGGUAGGGUACGGAAACGUUUUGAUUUAGACCCAAUUACGGGGGAAAUAAUUGUAAAGGGUGUUAUUAAUUUCGAGGAAAAUAACAGCUUUGAAAUUGAUAUUCAGGCAUCAGACAAGGGGACAGCUCCUUUGACAACUGACAAAACUAUUAUUAUCAAUGUAAUUGACGUUAAUGACAAUGCACCUGAGAUUGAAGUGACAUCAUUUUCUAACGCAAUCCCUGAGAAUUCCAAACCUGGAACUACUGUAGCACUGAUCAGUGUUAAUGAUUUGGACUCUGGUCUCAAUGGCAAAGUUCUUUGCUCGCUACUUGAAGAUUUACCUUUCAAACUAAUUCCCUCUUUACAAGACAACAUGUUUUCUGUAGUGACCAAGUCACCACUCGAUAGAGAGAAACAGUCUGAAUAUGAUCUAACAAUAGUAGCCAAAGACGCAGGGGAACCAUCCUUGUCAUCUAUAAAGACUAUCCGCGUUGUUGUAUCAGAUGUGAAUGAUAACAGUCCAGAGUUUUCACUGAGUCCCUAUACUUUCUAUGUCGCUGAGAAUAACGACCCAGGAGGGUCAGUAUUUUCAGUGACUGCCUCAGAUCGUGACAUGAAUGAAAACGCUCUUAUUUCAUAUCAUAUUUUGAGAGAUGGUGGCGAGGAGAACAAAUGGGCAUCUUUUCUGAACAUGAAUCCUGAAAAUGGGAACAUUUUGGCGCUAAAAAGCUUUGACUUUGAAACUCUCAAAACAUUCCAAUUCCAAGUUGUAGCUACAGACUCUGGAACUCCGUCACUAAGCAGCAACGUCACAGUCAACGUGUUCAUUCUGGAUCAGAACGACAACGCUCCAGUGAUCUUGUAUCCAGUCAGUGGUAACGGUUCCGCUGAAGGUGUGGAGGAGAUUCCCCGCAAUGUGAAUGCAGGCCAUUUGGUGACUAAAGUGAGAGCCUAUGACGCUGAUAUAGGAUAUAACGGCUGGUUAUUAUUUUCAUUGCAGGAAGUUACUGACCACAGUCUCUUUGCUUUGGACCGCUAUACAGGGCAGAUAAGGACACUUCGGUCAUUCACAGAGACAGACGAGGCUGAGCAUAAACUGGUCAUACUGGUAAAAGACAAUGGGAACGUUUCACUGUCAGCAACAGCUACAGUGAUUUUCACCGUUGUGGAACCCAAAGAGGCUUUUGCAGCUUCCGAUGUUAAAAGAGCAGUUAAAGACGAGGAGGAGAACAGCAUUACAUUUUAUUUGAUAAUUACUUUGGGGUCAGUUUCAGCGCUUUUUCUCAUCAGUAUCAUCGUGUUGAUUGUAAUGCAGUGCUCCAAACCCACAGACUAUUCCUCCAAGUAUUUACAAGACGUGAAUUACGACGGGACACUGUGCCACAGCAUCCAGUACAGAUCCGGAGACAAACGGUACAUGUUAGUUGGACCCAGAAUGAGUACAGGUUCUACUAUAGUCCCGGGCAGCAAAGGAAAUACUCUAGUGCUACCCGACCACAGAAGAGCUUCUGGAGAGGUAAGAAGUUGAAACUAACAUUUAUUCCUAAUUAUCCUGUACACAGUGUUGACCAUUCACGUAGCCUAGUGCUGAUAGUGGACAGUAUGUGUUACAGAGUUAGGCACGUACCGUAAGCUCACUCCACAGCUAGCUUGAAAUGUUCCAGACAUAGCCAUCCAAUUGGUAGAGUACCUUUUGGGUUUCUCAACCCAUUGGAACGUUGAUAAUGAGAGCGGUCACGUGUGUUGCGAAGCAGAGGACUACUGGUUCGAGCCCAGUACGUGGCAGUCGAAAGUGGAGGAAACUAAGCUGUUAGCAGCACACUGACCCUCGUUACAUCCCACUGGGCACAGACGUUAAUUCAAAUUCUAUUCCACGUUGGUUCAACGUAAUGCCAUUAAAACUACGUGGAUUCAACCAGUGGGAUAUGCUUGAGUUGUAAAAUUACAUGGACUAUUCUCAUUGCUUUUGGAAGUAUUUCAGGUUAUUAUUUCAUUGACCAAAAUGGUAGUGUGAAUUUGUAAAUGGUGUUUUUGGCAGCAGUAAGAGGUUUGUUGGCUGUCACAUGAUCUCACACCAGAAGUAGCAGGCUCAUAUACCAGCCAAUUUACCUUCCACGCCUCGCUGGUCGCUGUCCACGACAGUGGUGCUGAAAUGUUGUGCUGUUCAACACGCUAUUGGCGUUGGGUAUUUUUGCCAAAAAGGAAUAACAUACAAACGCAAGCAAUGUAGCUAUCCUCUUUUUAAAAAUGAAUCUUCCUUAUUACUUAUGGGGCACUUGUUGCAUUCAUGAGUAACGCUUUAGUUGUUCUUCUGAAGACAUGGUUUGUCAUGGUUAUCCUGAUUUUAUGUAUCCAUUUAUCUGUUGCAGUAACCUAUUGUCUGAUAUUUGUUAUGUGUCAAGACAACGUUCAGUAUUGAAAUAGAAACAUUAAUAAACUUGAACGAUAGUGCAAUGUCAGGUAGAAUCGCAAGGUGUCAGUACCCAACCAGAAUAAUGCUCCUUACAGAUACAAUUGACUUCAUGCUUUUCAGUCCGCCCCCUUGUUGGUUUCGUUGCUUAUUCAAUCCCUCUGCGAGGAGCAGUCAUGCAACAUCGAGGAGAGAAUAAUAUCUCAAACUGACAUUCUUAAUGCAUUAUUGGAUAAUGAACAGUGAUCCUAUUCGGAAUGUAAUGAUAGAAAGGUCUUACCAAUAGAGGAAUAGCAGAAUUUUGUGGAUUAUUGUUAUUCAUCUAGAAAACAUGGAACAAAGAGGAUGUAGGGCAUGGCUGGAGCGACGGCAGUGGGUCGCCUUCAUGGUUGCUUUGGUUCUCUUUUGGAGUGGAGCGUCUGCUCAGAUAAGAUACUCCAUCUCUGAAGAGCUUAGCGAAGGAACUGUCGUUGGGAAUAUAGCUAAAGAUGUGGGAAUAGAUCUGAGCACCUUGAAGGAUAGGGGAUUCCGAAUCGUGUCUGGCUCGACCGAGCCCCUUUUCCAGGUAAACCAGAAUAACGGCAUAUUGUAUGUGAACCGAAAAAUAGACCGAGAGGAUGUGUGUGAACGGAGCAGCGUGUGUAUGAUCAACCUGAAAACCGUUCUAGAGAACCCGCUGGAGAUCCAUUAUGUCUCGGUGGAGGUGUUAGAUGUUAACGAUCAUUCUCCCAGCUUUCCCGAGACAGAGAAACGGUUAGAGAUUUCAGAGUCCGUGUUACCAGGCGUGAGAUUUCAGCUACAAGCUGCACUCGACCCAGAUAGCGGACAAUACUCUGUUCAACAAUAUAAACUCAGUCAUAAUGAGCAUUUUCGUUUGGAAAUUAAGGACCGAGGCAAGGAUGCGAAAACUCCUGUUUUGAAUCUACUGAAGCCGCUAGAUAGAGAGAAUACAAGGAGCCAUAGAUUACUACUUACGGCCAUUGAUGGCGGAAAACCUCCAAGGUCUGGGACUAUAGAAAUAAUUGUAGACGUUUUAGAUGUAAAUGAUAAUAUGCCUGUUUUCACUGAAGAGUCAUACACUGUAAAACUGAACGAAAAUUCUCCCAUUGGCACAAAAGUUGUACAGGUAAACGCUACGGAUUUAGACGAAGGUUCAAAUGGUGAGGUAAUUUACUCCUUUGGUAAUAAUGUGAAUAGGAAAUUACGUGAGCUUUUCGAUGUGGAUAUCAACACCGGUGAAAUAACUGUAAAAGGAGGGAUAGAUUUUGAGAUGGAAGACAGCUACGACAUUGAUAUACAGGCAUCUGACAAGGGACCUGCUCCUUUUAAAACGGACAAAAGUGUAAUUGUAAAUAUUGUUGACCUGAACGACAAUGCACCAGAGAUAGAGGUGACAUCAUUUUCUAACGCAAUCCCCGAAGAUUCUAGACCCGGAACCACAGUCGCACUAAUCAGUGUUAAUGACUUGGACUCUGGUCUCAAUGGAAAAGUUAUGUGUUCUAUAAGUGAGGGCGUCCCGUUCACUCUAACGCCAUCUUUACAGGACAACAUGUACUCUGUAGUCACCAAGUCACCACUAGAUAGAGAAAAACAGUCUGACUAUGAUCUAACAAUAGUAGCCAAAGACGCAGGGGAACCGUCCUUGUCAUCUAUAAAGACUAUCCGCGUUGUUGUAUCAGAUGUGAAUGAUAACAGUCCAGAGUUUUCACUGAGUCCCUAUACUUUCUAUGUCACUGAGAAUAACGACCCAGGCACCUCAAUAUUUUCCGUGAGUGCCUCAGACCGUGACAUGAAUGAAAACGCGCUUAUUUCAUAUCAUAUUCCGAGAGACAGUGGCGAGGAGAACAAAUGGGCAUCUUUUCUAAACAUAAAUUCAGAAAAUGGGAACAUAUUGGCGCUAAAAAGCUUUGACUUUGAAACUUUAAAAAACUUCAAAUUCCAAGUUGUAGCUACAGACUCUGGAACUCCAUCACUAAGCACUAACGUCACAGUGAAUGUGUUCAUUCUGGAUCAGAACGACAACGCUCCAGUGAUCUUGUAUCCAGUCAGCGCUAACGGUUCAGCUGAAGAUCUGGAGGAGAUUCCCCGCAAUGUGAAUGCAGGCCAUUUGGUGACUAAAGUGAGAGCCUAUGACGCUGAUAUAGGAUAUAACGGCUGGUUAUUAUUUUCACUGCAGGAAGUUACUGACCACAGUCUCUUUGCUUUGGACCGCUAUACAGGACAGAUAAGGACACUUCGGUCAUUCACAGAGACAGACGAGGCUGAGCAUAAACUGGUCAUACUGGUAAAAGACAAUGGGAACGUUUCACUUUCAGCAACAGCUACUGUGAUUAUCAACGUCGUGGAGCCCAAAGAGGCUUUUGCAGCUUCUGAUGUUAAAAGCUCAGUAAAAGACGAGGAGGAGAACAGCGUUACAUUUUAUUUGAUCAUUACUUUGGGGUCAGUUUCAGCGCUUUUUCUCAUCAGUAUCGUCGUGUUGAUUGUAAUGCAGUGCUCCAAACCCACAGACUAUUCAUCCAAGUAUUUACAAGACGUGAAUUACGACGGGACACUGUGCCACAGCAUCCAGUACAGAUCCGGGGACAAAAGGUACAUGUUAGUUGGACCCAGAAUGAGUACAGGUUCUACUAUAGUCCCGGGCAGCAAUGGGAAUACUCUAGUGCUACCUGAACACAGGAGGAGAGCUUCUGGAGAGGUAAGACGUUGAAAAAUAUCCUAUAUUCCACAAACGUAUUGUGCCCAGCAUUGACCAUUGACAUUAACAUUAACAGUUCAGGCCAAUAUUUCAUUGACCAAAAUGGUUAUGUGAGUGUGUCAAGAAUGUUGUUUUUGAGUCAGAGGGUUGUUUGCAGUAACUUUAUCUCACACCUGAUCUAAUUUACAGCCGCUUCUGGCUGGUCGCUGUCCUUGACAGUGGGGCUGAAACGUUGUGCAAUGAGUAUUUGCCAAAAAGUGAUGACAAAAACGCACGUAAAGUUAACGCAUCAUACAAAAGCCUUCAUCUUUAUUUUUAUAAAUAUUUCUCGAUCGUAUAUACUUGUGGACACUUGCUGCAUUCUUGAGUAAUUAUUUAGUUAUUGUAAAUACAUUAUGAUUUGAUUUAAUAUGUAUCCAUAAUUCCUACAACUUUUGCAGUAACGUUUUCUCUCGUAUGUAUUGAGUCAAGAUUGCAUUCAAUAUAGGACAAAUACAAUUUAAAGUUUUAAAUGACAGUGUAAUUUGAUGUAGAAUCACAUGGUGUCAGUAACCAUCUAGAGUAACACUUCUGGUAGAUAUCUUCUCGUCAUAGUUUUGAACCCUCCCCUUUGCUGGUUUGGUAGCUUAUUCAGUCGCUGAAGGAUACAGUCGUCCAGCAUCGUGGACAGAAUAGGAUCUGAAAUGUAUAUGAAUAAAACUAGUGUUGGCUUAUUAGUUUUGGUAUUUGGCUAAUAUAUUGGAUAGACAAGUGUAACCAAUGGAGGAAUAGUGGAAGUGCUGUGGAUUAUUGUUAUUUAUCUAGAAAACAUGGAACAAAGAGGACGCGGGGCAUGGUGGGAGCGACGGCAGUGGGUCGCCUUCAUGGUUGCUUUGGUUCUCUUUUGGAGCGGGGCUUCUGCUCAGAUAAGAUACUCCAUCUCUGAAGAGCUUAGCGAAGGCACUGUCGUGGGGAAUAUAGCUAAGGAUUUGGGAAUAGAGCUGAGCACAUUGAAGAAUAGGGGAUUUCGAAUCGUGUCUGGCUCGACCGAGCCCCUUUUCCAGGUAAACCAGAAUGAAGGCAUCUUGUAUGUGAACCGAAAAAUAGACCGAGAGGAGGUGUGCGAACGGAGCAGCGUGUGUUUAAUCAACCUGAAAACCGUUCUAGAGAACCCGCUGGAGAUCCAUUAUGUUGCGGUGGAGGUGUUAGAUGUUAACGACCAUUCUCCCAGCUUUUCAGAGAAAGAGAAACGGUUAGAGAUUUCAGAAUCUGCAUUACCGGGAGCGCGAUUUCAGCUACAAGCAGCGCGCGACCCAGACAGUGGCCAAUUCUCCGUUCAACAAUAUAAACUCAGUCACAAUGACCAUUUUCGUAUAGAAGUGAAAGAUAGAGGUGAAGACCGUAAAAUGCCGUUUUUAAUUUUACAGAAACAGUUAGACAGGGAAGCUACUAGGAACCAUAUGUUAUUGUUUGCAGCCAUGGAUGGAGGAAAACCAGUGCGGUCUGGCACAAGCGAAAUAAAGAUUGAGGUAUUGGAUGUUAAUGACAAUUCCCCGAUUUUUACUAAAGACGUGUACUCUGUAAGGCUUAGUGAAAAUGCUCCUGUCGGUGCAACUGUCAUUCAGGUAAACGCAACCGAUUUAGAUGAAGGUGCAAACGGUGAAGUUAGAUAUUCAUUUGGCAAUGAAGUAGAUAGAAAGGUACGUGAGCUUUUUGUUUUGGAUUCGAUUACUGGUGAAAUAACAGUCAAAGGUGUGAUAGAUUAUGAGGAAAAUAAUAUAUAUGAGAUUGAUAUACAAGCAUCAGACCAAGGACUUGCUCCCCUUACAACCGACAAAAGCGUCAUAGUAAAGAUUGUUGAUGUCAACGACAAUGCGCCUGAGAUUGAGGCGACAUCCUUUUCGAAUGCAAUACCCGAGGAUUCUAGACCCGGAACCACAGUUGCACUAAUCAGUGUCAAUGAUUUGGACUCUGGUCUCAAUGGCAAAGUUAUUUGUUUGCUACUUGAAGAUUUACCUUUCAAACUAAUGCCAUCUUUACAAGAUAACAUGUAUUCGGUUAUCACCAAGUCACAACUGGAUAGAGAGAAACAAUCUGAAUAUGAUUUAACAAUAGUUGCCAAAGACGCAGGGGAACCUUCCUUGUCAUCUAUAAAGACUAUCAGCGUUUUUGUAUCAGAUGUGAAUGAUAACAGUCCAGAGUUUUCACAGAGUCCCUAUACUUUCUAUGUCACUGAGAAUAACGACCCAGGAGGCUCAGUAUUUUCCGUGAGUGCGUCAGAUCGUGACAUAAAUGAAAACGCAGUUAUUUCAUAUCAUAUUCUGAGAGACAGUGGUGAGGAGAACAAAUGGGCAUCUUUUCUUAAUAUUAAUUCUGAAAAUGGGAACAUAUUGGCGCUAAAAAGCUUUGACUUUGAAACUUUAAAAACGUUCCAAUUCCAAGUUGUAGCUACAGACUCUGGAACUCCACCACUAAGCAGCAACGUCACAGUAAACGUGUUCAUUCUGGAUCAGAACGACAACGCUCCAGUGAUCUUGUAUCCAGUCAGCACGAACGGUUCCGCUGAAGGUGUGGAGGAGAUUUCGCGCAAUGUGAAGGCAGGCCAUUUGGUGACUAAAGUGAGAGCCUAUGACGCUGAUAUAGGAUAUAACGGCUGGUUAUUAUUUUCACUGCAGGAAGUUACUGACCACAGUCUCUUUGCUUUGGACCGCUAUACAGGACAGAUAAGGACACUUCGGUCAUUCACAGAGACAGACGAGGCUGAGCAUAAACUGGUCAUACUGGUAAAAGACAAUGGGAACGUUUCACUGUCAGCAACAGCUACUCUUAUUAUCAACGUUGUGGAGCCCAAAGAGGCUUUUGCAGCUUCUGAUGUUACAAGUUCAGUAAAAGACGAGGACGAGAAUUUCGUUACAUUUUAUUUGAUCAUUACUUUGGGGUCAGUUUCAACGCUUUUUCUCAUCAGUAUCAUCGUGUUGAUUGUAAUGCAGUGCUCCAAACCCACAGACUAUUCAUCCAAGUAUUUACAAGAUGUGAAUUAUGACGGGACACUGUGCCACAGCAUCCAGUACAGAUCCGGAGACAAACGGUACAUGUUAGUUGGACCCAGAAUGAGUACAGGUUCUACUAUAGUCCCGGGCAGCAAAGGGAAUACUCUAGUGCUACCUGAACACAGAAGAGCUUCUGGAGAGGUAAGAAGUUGAAAAUGACCUUGCAUUUCGAAAUGUCAUUUUCUUUGAAAGCCUCUCAGGCUGAUAUUUAAUCGACCAAAAAGGGUUAUGUGGUAAUGUGUGAAGUCCUUUUUGUUUUUGAUUAAGCGAUGUGUUGGCUGCAACAUGAUCUCUCAGGACUGGUCGCUGUCCAUGUCAGUGGUGCUGAAACAAUGUUUAGUUCAACGUGCUGUUUGACUGGUGAAAGUUUGCCAAAACGUGAUAACAUAUAGGUAUAUAAAUGCUCGUUAAGUGGUUAUUUGAUUAUUCUUCAUUCUGUUUUCCUUGAGGCACCCUUGUUGCAUACAUGAGUAGCCAACAUGAUGUUCUAUGGUCGCAUGAACACAUAAUGAUUUGUUACGUGUAUUCAGACUUUUUUUAUACAACUUUUGCAGUCACGUUUAUUUAUCGAUUCAAGAUUCCAUUAGUCAGCUUCAAGAAUAGUGUAAUGUGAGGUAGAAUCGCAUGGUGUCAGUACCCAUCUAGAAAAACGCUACUGAUUGAAAUCAUUCUCGUCAUGCUUUUGAGUCCGCCCCCUUGCUUGUUUAGUUUCUUAUUCAGUCGCUGGAGGAAUACAGUCGUGAGCUUCGUGGGGAGAACAACAUUUAAAUUUUAUAUUCUGAAAACACUAUUGUAUAAUGUGCUUUGGCCAUAUCCGAAUUUAAUGGAUAGACAACUGUCACCAAUGGAGAAAUAGUGGAAGUGCAGUUGAUUAUUGUUAUUGAUCUUGAAAACAUGGAACAAAGAGGAUGCGUGGCAUGGUGGGAGCGACGACAAUGGGUCUUCUUGAUGGUUGCUUUGGUUCUCUUUUGGAGCGGGACUUCAGCUCAGAUAAGAUACUCCAUCUCUGAAGAGCUUAAGGAAGGAACUGUCGUGGGGAAUAUAGCUAAGGAUUUGGGAAUAGAUCUGAGCACGUUAAAGGAAAGGGGAUUUCGAAUCGUGUCUGGCUCGACCGAGCCCCUUUUCCAGGUAAACCAGAAUGACGGCAUCUUGUAUGUGAACCGAAAAAUAGACAGAGAGGAGAUGUGCGAACACAGCAGCCUGUGUUUAAUCAACCUGAAAACUGUUCUAGAGAACCCGCUGGAGAUCCAUUAUGUCGCAGUGGAGGUGUUAGAUGUUAACGACCAUUCUCCCAGCUUUCCAGAGAAAGAGAAACGGUUAGAGAUAUCAGAGUCUGCGUUACCGGGAGCGCGAUUUCAACUACAAGCAGCGCGCGACCCAGACGGUGGAAUAUAUUCUGUUCAACAGUAUAAACUCAGCCACAAUGAUAAUUUCCGUUUAGAAGUUAUGGACAGAGAUGAAGAUGGUAAAAUGCCUAUUCUAAAUCUACAGAAACCGCUAGAUAAAGAAUCUAAGAGGACCCAUAGAUUUCUGCUCACAGCUAUUGAUGGAGGUAAACCUCCUAGAUCUGGUACUAUAAACAUAAUUGUCGACGUUUUAGAUGUAAAUGAUAAUAUGCCAGUUUUCAACAAAGAGUCAUACUCUGUAAUACUGAAUGAAAAUUCCCCUAUUGGCACCACAGUUGUACAAGUAAACGCUACAGAUAUAGAUGAUGGUUUGAACGGUGAGGUUAUUUACUCCUUUGGUAAUAAUGUAAAUAGUAAGUUACGUAAGCUAUUUGAUGUUGACACUAAUACUGGUGAAGUAAUUGUGAAAGGACUGAUAGACUUUGAGGUAAAAGAUCGCUAUGAAAUUGAUAUACAGGCAUCUGACAGGGGAGCCGUUCCUCUGACAACUUACAAAAGCGUAAAAAUAAAAAUUGUUGACCUCAACGAUAAUGCACCUGAAAUAGAGGUGACAUCGUUUUCUAAGUCAAUCCCCGAAGAUUCCAGAUCCGGAACCACAGUCGCCCUUAUAAGUGUUAAUGAUUUAGACUCUGGUCUCAAUGGGAAAGUGAUCUGUUCUAUAAGUGAGGACGUCCCUUUUAAACUAGUGCCCUCUUUACAGGACAACAUGUACACUGUAGUGACCAAGUCACCACUGGAUAGAGAGAAAGUAUCUCAAUAUGAUUUUACAAUAGUUGCCAAAGACGAAGGCCAGCCUUCCUUGUCAUCUGUAAAGACUAUUAGUGUUGUUGUAUCAGAUGUGAAUGAUAACAGUCCAGAGUUUUCACUGAGUCCCUAUACUUUCUAUGUCACUGAGAAUAACGACCCAGGAGGCUCAGUAUUUUCAGUGAUGGCAUCAGAUCGUGACAUAAAUGAAAACGCACUUAUUUCAUAUCAUAUUCCGAGAGACAGUGGCGAGGAGAACAAAUGGGCAUCUUUUUUAAACAUAAACUCGGGAAAUGGGAACAUUUUGGCGCUAAAAAGCUUUGACUUUGAAAGGUUAAAAACAUUCAAAUUUCAAAUUGUAGCUACAGACUCUGGAACUCCAUCACAAAGCACUAACGUCACAGUCAAUGUGUUCAUUCUGGAUCAGAACGACAACGCUCCAGUGAUCAUGUAUCCAGUCAGCCCUAACGGUUCCGCUGAAGGUGUGGAAGAGAUUUCGCGCAAUGUGAAGGCAGGCCAUUUGGUGACUAAAGUGAGAGCCUAUGACGCUGAUGUAGGAUAUAACGGCUGGUUAUUAUUUUCACUGCAGGAAGUUACUGACCACAGUCUCUUUGCUUUGGACCGCUAUACAGGACAGAUAAGGACACUUCGGUCAUUCACAGAGACAGACGAGGCUGAGCAUAAACUGGUCAUACUGGUAAAAGACAAUGGGAACGUUUCACUCUCAGCAACAGCUACUGUGAUUAUCAACGUCGUGGAGCCCAAAGAGGCUUUUGCAGCUUCUGAUGUUAAAAGCUCAGUAAAAGACGAGGAGGAGAACAGCAUUACAUUUUAUUUGAUCAUUACUUUGGGGUCAGUUUCAACGCUUUUUCUCAUCAGUAUCAUCGUGUUGAUUGUAAUGCAGUGCUCCAAACCCACAGACUAUUCGUCCACGUAUGUACAAGAUACGAAUUACGACGGGACACUGUGCCACAGCAUCCAGUACAGAUCCGGAGACAAACGGUACAUGUUAGUUGGACCCAGAAUGAGUAUAGGUUCUACUAUUGUCCCAGGCAGCAAUGGAAAUACUCUAGUGCUACCCGAACACAGUAGACUUGCGUCUGGAGAGGUAAGAUUUUGA